CAACCUCCCUCCACCUUCCAUCAUGGAUCCCUCACGCACCACCUCUUCUGUCAGUGGCUUCUACAAUUUUCUCAACCAAGGGCUGGACGAGCUUGAUCACUCCUUGCUCUCCCAUGACUUCAUGUCAAUCCAGUUCCUGCAGAAGGUUCUUUCCUCUCUAAGAUCCUUUCAUUCCCAGUUAACCAUUUUGGUUCACAAGCUUCAGUUGCCAGUUGGUGAAAAAUGGCUCGACGAGUACAUGGAUGAAAGCUCCAGGCUCUGGGAAGCCUGUCAAGUUCUUAAAUCUGGUGCCGCCGGGAUGGAAAAUUAUUAUUCCGGCGCCGCCAAUAUUGAAGCCUCCCUGGAUAGUUUUCGCCACUUGAGCCCACAGCUCUCUCGUCAGGUAAUUCGAGCUAUAAGUGGUAGCCAAAGAGAAAUUUUAGCUUUGGAAGAGGAAAACAGGAGCUUGAUGGAAACAAGAAUUCAACCCCUAUCAUUAUGUUUCAAUGAUCAAAACAUCUCGACAAUAUCAAAGUUCAACGGGUUUAAUGGUUUUCGAGGGGUUCUAUAUUCAAUGAGGAGUAUUAGCUCAUUGCUUUUGAUGAUCCUGCUAUGUGGACUUGUAUAUUGUUGGCCUCCAUCGAGCUUUCGCCAGGGAGGCUAUGAGGGGCAUCCUGUAUUUGGCUCAACUUUCAUGGUUUCGGUCACAAGAUUGCAGCAAAGGGUCGCAAAUGAGAUUGAUCAGAUUGAAGGGCAGCCGGGAAUCACGCUUUACGAGUUCCGGGAAGCGAAGACCGCCAUGGAAGAGCUGAAAGCUGAAAUGGAGAAAUUUUUGGAGUAUGAAGGUGAUCAGGGUGAUAUACAAGACAGGAUUGACAGGUUGAAGAGUUGCUUUGGGUCGUUGAGAUGUGGGGUUGAGACUAUAAUUGCGCAGCUUGAUGAUUUUUUUGAUGAAAUAGUUGAAUGGAGGAAGAAGCUUUUGGACAUGUGCACUAAUAGGUAGACAAAGGAUGUCUGGACGUACAUGUGCAGCCCUAGCUUGAGGAAUGGUGGGGAAGAAAAGGUUCAAACAAAAAGUAGAAAAUUCUUUUUCCUAAAUAAAAAUGAUACACAUACUUUCAAGUGUUCACUCCUUAACGUGACAGUAAAAAUUACCAGUGAAUAGUACAUGUACUUUCAUUUGUCAUUUCAUCCACGUCAAUAAGUGAUCAUUUGAUCAGAGUGAACACUUGGGUGUACGUGUAGCACUCUUUUUUGUUAAACUUGCACUAGUUUCAGCCAUUAUUGAUUCCUCUCUCUUUUUUUCUUUUUUUUUUUUUUCUUUUUACUUCUGCUCGAUUAUUUUUUAUUUUUGGUUUUAUAUAUAUAUAUUUUGUAUCUUGAAGUCACUUUGCCUUGAAGCUAUAGUAGUGUUGAAGCUUAAAGAGAGAUUUUCCAGGGAAACCCAUAAAAGGAAAAUUGAGGAGGAAAGAGAAUUAAUGUGAUUCUUGCUUAGAAGAAAAGCAAAAAAAUUAUUAUCCCAAGAUAAGAAACAAGAAGAAUAUAAAGACAGGGAGUAGCUUGAAGGGAAAGCAAGAUAUUCCUACUCAAAGCUAGC